UGGAGGCAGCAGAUAAAAAGCCUGGCCCCGAGCUGGCGCGGGAGGCAGCGGCCAGCAGGUUGCUCGUCUGAGAGCUCGGGUCGUGCACUCGCCGGGCUGGGCAGGAGGAGUCCCCGCGCGCGAGGAUGGCUUGUGAGAUCAUGCCGCUGCGAAGUGCGCAUGUAUCCCAAGUCAGCAAUGUUUCAACAACUGGAGAACUCUUGGAAAGAACCAUCAGGUCAGCAGUAGAAGAACAUCUUUUUGAUGUUAAUAGCUCUGGAAGUCAAAGUUCAGAGGACUCAGAAUCUUUACCAUCAUCAACUUCUUCCACACCCACCAAGCAGCGAGGACAUCAGUCUAAGAAGCAGGAUGAAGUUCGACAGGGUAGAGACAAGGGACUUAUCAACAAAGAAAAUAUUUCUUAUGGCUUCAACAACUGUGAUGAGUUUAUUUUGAAUACUCAGGAAGCAGAAAAGUUCCAUGACAAUGCUUCUGAUUGUGUUGGGGAAAGGAGCAAACCAAAGCGUCAAAAAUCCAGCUCCAAGCUUGCAGAGCUCAGUGAAAACCAUGAUGGUCUCCUGACUAUGGAAAGUCUUGGUUCCACCCAACUGCAUGAGAGGCCUGGACCUGAUGAUACUGAACCGAAGUCCAAUGAAAGCAAAGAAAAUGAAAGAGGUGGCAGAGACAGCCAGCAUUAUGAGAGCCCCACCAUGAAGAUUCAGGAGCACCCCAGUGUAUCUGACCCCAAACCACAGAAGAAUCAAGAUGCGGUUGACCAGCAGGAGAGCUUUGUCCCGGAAGUGCCCCAGUUGGAUCUCACAGCGCUGUGUGAUGGGAAGAGCUGGGAAGAACCCACUCCCACCUUCUCUUCCUGGCAGAGAGAGGCUAUCAACUCUGAUGAAGCCUGCCUCUCCCCCCAGGCCGGACGCCUGAUCCACCAACUGCUGGAUGAGGAUAGUGACCCCAUGCUCUCCCCACGGUUCUAUGCCUAUGGGCAGAGCAGGCAGUACCUGGAUGACACGGAAGUGCCUCCUUCUCCCCCCAACUCCCACUCUUUCAUGAGGCGACGGAGCUCCUCUCUAGGGUCCUAUGAUGAUGAGCAAGAGGAUCUGACUCCUGUGCAGCUCACUCGAAGGAUCCAGACCCUUAAAAAGAAGAUCCGGAAGUUUGAGGACAGGUUUGAAGAGGAGAGGAAAUACAAACCAUCCCACAGUGACAAAGCAGCCAAUCCAGAGGUUCUGAAGUGGACUAAUGACCUGGCAAAAUUCCGGAAACAGCUUAAAGAGUCAAAACUAAAGAUCUCUGAAGAGGACCUCACCCCCAGAACACGACAGCGAAGCAACACACUACCCAAGAGUUUUGGUUCCCAACUAGAAAAAGAAGAAGAGAAGCAGGAGCUGGUAGAUAAAGCAAUCAGGCCCAGUGCUGAGGCCACCCUGGAAUGUAUCCAGAGGAAGCUUCGGGAGAAGCGAGCAGAAUGCAGCCGCCCCGAGGACAUUAAGGAUAUGACCAAAGACCAGAUUGCUAAUGAGAAGGUGGCCCUGCAAAAAGCACUGCUCUACUACGAAAGCAUCCAUGGGCGGCCGGUGACAAAGACUGAACGUCAGAUUAUGAAGCCUUUGUAUGAUAGGUACCGGCUAGUCAAACAGAUUCUGGCCCGAGUCAGUACCAUACCCAUCAUUGGUUCCCCCUCCAGCAAGCGGAGAAGCCCUUUGCUGCAGCCAAUUAUCGAGGGUGAAACUGCUUCCUUCUUCAAGGAGAUAAAGGAAGAAGAGGAGGGCUCAGAAGAUGACAGCUGCACAAAACCAGACUUUACUGUCACCUUGAAAACAGACUGCACUGCACAGUGCUUUCUGGACCAACUUGAAGAUGAAGCUGAUGGGUUUAUUUCACCGAUGGAUGACAAAAUGCCAUCAAAGUGCAGCCAGGACUCGGGCCUUUCCAACCUCCAUGCUGCUUCAAUACCUGAACUCUUGGAACAUCUUCAGGAAAUGAGAGAAGAAAAGAAAAGGAUUCGAAAGAAACUUCGUGAUUUUGAAGAUAAUUUUUUCAGACAAAAUGGAAGAAAUGUCCAGAAGGAAGACCGCACUCCAAUGACUGAAGAGUACAACUCGUACAAGCACAUAAAGGCCAAGCUUCGACUCCUGGAGGUGCUCAUUAGCAAGAGAGACACUGAUUCCACGUCCAUGUAAGGGGCAGCCCCGCCCAGCAAGGAGGGCUGGCGCACAAGGAUGACUGUUCCUAAGGCCGAGUAGCUCUGAUGGCAGCCGUGGCACUGGACCUACAAAGCAGGCAACCUCUGGCUCCUGUUUCCAUGGCCUGCCGUAGAAGCUGCCUACAUGGAAGAUGACAGUGUGACCUGACUUAGGAAUUCUGUAAAGGGAAAGUCAGGCCUCUUACACAUGCAAACACACUGCAGGGGGUGCUCCACCUGACCAUAGCAGUGAUAAGGCACCAGACAUACCCAUCUGCAGAGAACACACUGUUCUUCC